UGCCUCUUCAUUAUCUUCCCCGGAAGAUCUCGGGCUGCUAGUAGCACCUGACUUUCGCGGUUUCAAACGGCUGGCAAAUGAAGAAAAUCUGCGCUCUUUCACUCGACAAAACAUUCCAAAACCCGGGAAACCGUCGACGGAGUGCUUUCAUCGGCAUUGUAUACGCUUUAAAUGGGGCGGCGAGACAGGCGAGUGUGAUGAAGCCGGCGACGGCGCGGCGGCUCGUGACUGUCAGGAGAAUGAAUGGUGCAAUACAGCCUGCUGAGUGAAGGAACAAAGCUUGUUUGAUUUGAUUUCAAGACACUGUUGACUGGGGAUAUAUAUUUUUUAAUAGUACGUCAGCACGCCUGUUGCAGUGGACCUUUGCACCUGCUGAAGACGCACCUGGUCUGAGUGUUCUCUUGUAAUGGCUGACUAAACACUAAUAGUGUCAAGCCAAGGUUAGUGUAAGGACAAGAGAUGCAAACGGAACAUAAUUCACAUUCUGUGAACAACUGUCAUAAUAAUGGAUAGAAUUAGGCAUCAUAUCUGUGGAAAGAAGCAUAACGAUUAAUUCCCAAGGAUACGAAUGCAGAUUAAACCUAAUAUAUGUUCAUACGUAGAGCCGCUAAUCAAGGAAGUGGAAGGCAGUUGGUUAAAUGCUGGACAACAAAAUGAAAGAGACAUGUCGCAUCUGUGGAAGGGAUCUCUAUGGCAACCAGAGGAGAUGGAUCUUCCAUCCGACUGCCAAACUCAACCUGCAGGUGUUGCUGUCUCACGCGUUAGGCCAAGAGCUAGCGCGGGACGGCCGCGGAGAAUUCGCUUGCUCCAAGUGCACCUUCAUGCUGGACCGCAUGUACCGCUUCGACACCGUGAUCGCCCGAGUCGAGGCGCUCUCCAUCGAGAGGCUUCAGAGGCUCCUGCAAGAAAAACAUCGGCUCAGGCAGUGCAUCGGCGGAUUGUACAGGAAAACAAACUCGCCGGAGACUUGUGGCGAGGAUUCUGAUACGCUAGGAGAUGGGAUAGUGGAUAUUUCAGGCCUCACCCAUGCUAAGUACUGCGCUCUUCUUCAGGAGGAUCUAGUCUACUCUUUGUACGAAUCCUGGGCUGACGACAGUGUGGAUUGCCACCACCACCACACUUCAGCUGGGCCCGGGUCGGAGACUGCAGGGUCUCACCGCUGUUUGCCCGCAACUCCUAGGAGAUGUCGAGGAUGUUCCCAUUGGCGUGUGGCAGACUCGGACUAUGAAGCUGUUUGUAAGGUGCCCAGGAAGCUUGCACGUAGCACUUCUUGCGGGCCUUCUACCAGAUAUUCAGCCAGCGUUAUCGGAGGAAGCGGCGGAGGCGCGGAAAGUGAAGAAAAAGGAAAUGGGGAAGAGCAAGAUGAACCACCAUCCUCCUUGACACUAGUUCCUGGUUCUCAAGAAGUGUCUCGGACUUCAGAUAGUGACCGCACUCUAGCAGGAAGAGCCAGUUCCAGCCCCUCUAUAGCUUCCCUAGAGACAACUGAAGACUACAUUCAGCUUGGAGGCACAACAGAUGAACUUCUGAACUCUCCCAAAGAGCCGUCUGAGGACCGGAUAUCUGGCACCUCCCCUGAACGAGCACCACAUAGCCAAGCCUCCUCUGGACAAAGCCUCUCUCUAGCUCUCUGUUUGCUACAGAAUUAUGCUGUCCACCGUCCAGUCCAAAGCGCCAAAGGUAGUAAACUUCCAGUGCUGCUUAAACGGGGCUCCAAUCAUGGAAGGUCAGACUUCCCUGAUCCAAUUCUGGAACUUAACUUUGGGACUCCGAAUGGGGAAAGAAACAACCUCAUGGCAACACCUGAACUGGAAGCCCCCAUGAUCCAAGUGCAUGUUGGGUCAUACCCUGGUCAUAACCCGGUUGAUAUAGAAGAUAAUUUGGAAGAUGAUUACAUAGAGUUUCCGCCACCAACUCCACACCAGAAUCUCGUUGAGGAACAGCAGAGCCAGCUAAACCAAUAUGAGUGUGCGGCAGGUCAAUGUGUCAGCGAGCUGCAAAAGGCCCAGCUGCAGGUCCAAUCCUUGCAGGCCAAAAUUCAUGAGAGCGAUUCCAAAAAUAUGAAGCUGGAGGAGAAGCUAAGCGAGAUGGAGUGUGAGCUUCGUUCCCUCCGCCAGGCUGCCCAAAGACAGGAGAGAACCAUCCAGGACCUCACGGAUUCCAUUAGCACCAAAGACACUGAGGCUCAGGAGUUGUAUCAGCUGAUUGAGGGGCAGAAUGUCACUCUGUACAAGCUGCGAGAGAUGGCCCACCGUAAUCAGCUUUCACAAAGCAAGCCUCCAGAGGGGGUUAGUGAGUCCGUGACCCUCGCCCAACUGCAGGGAGAGCUGGUAGGAGUGCAAAGCUCUCUGUUUUCAUUGGGUCUGGAACUGGAGGCGAGUCAAAGGAGUCUCAGACAGACUCAGAGACAAGGGGAAGACCUGGCUCGCUUUAAAGACAGACUAAACGCUGACCUCCUGGAGGCGCUGCAACACAGAGAAGAAACUGAAAAACACAAUCAGGACCUGCGUUGUGCACUUGUGAAAAUCCGCAGUGAGCUGCAGGUGAAAGAAGAGGCUCUGAAGGAGGCCGUGGCAGAAAGACUCACUGCGAUUCAAGAAAAAGACGGAUGCAUCGCUCAGCUUAAUCACUCUCUGAAAGAAAAGGAGCGACAAUUACAGGAGUACUCGGAGAUGUUGGAAACUUCUGGAAGCUCCAAACCGAGAGAUGCUCUUCUUGAGAAACUGAGAGAGCGCAUUAAAGACAGAGACAAAGCGUUGGAGCGCUCCAUUGAUGAAAAGUUCCACUGUCUGGACGAACGUGACGGUCAAGUGAGGACACUACAAGUGGCCCUCAGGGAGAAGGACCGAGACCUGGACAGGCUCCGCUGCAUCCUGUCCAACAACGAGGAGACCAUCACGAGUCUGGAUGCCUUGGUGCGAGGGAAAGAACUAGAGCUGGAGCAGGCGGCUGAGGCCUACCGGAAUCUCCAGUGGCUGAAGCAGCAGAGUGAGGAGAAGGAACGGAACACUACAAGAGAGAAAGAUGCCAUCAUCAGCCAGCUACAAGCGGCACUGCAGGCUCGCAGCAAGGAGGCACAGGAUCUGACUGCAGCCUUGGUUGCCAGAGUACAGGCAGGUCCCACGGACGUGGUGGAAGAGCUGAAAGCUCGGCUCCAGUUGAAGGAAAAACUCUUCCAAGAGCUACUUUCGGACCGCAGCCGCCAAUCAAACGAACACCAAACCCGGGUGUCGGACUUGCUCGACACCCUCAGUUCCAAAGAUCAGUACCUACAGGAUAACUCGUACAGGCUGUCCUUGGUGAUAAGCGAACGCACCGGUCAGCUGCAGGAGGUACGUAGGCAACUGUCACAGAGAGAACAAGACUUAUGCGAGUUACGACGGGACAAUGAGAGGGAGAAGGGCGGAGAGGUCCACCAUCUGCAAGGUCUUCUUCGAGAGAAAGAAGCCUUUAUUAAGGAGAUGAUGCAGAGCCAGGAGGAGGUCAUGAUGCAGUCGUCCUCAGAGAGUGAGGAAGAUGUGAAGGCACUGCAGGAAGAGCUCCAAUUACUGCUCAAGAAGGAGAGGGAAGCCCAGGAAGAACUCUCUGCCCUGCGUUCAUCUUUGGCAGCCCAGCAGGCAAAAGGAGCUGCAACUGAAAGUACCGAACACGUGCUGGAGCAACUUGUAUCCGAGUACCGUCAGCUAAAUGCUGCUCUGAGGGCCGAGAAGAGAUUAUACCAGAAUCUCAUUCACACCAACAGGGACAGCUCAGAGAAGACACUGACCCUCCACACACAACUCGACUCGGUUCAGGCACUCCGCGGACAACUAGAGGAGGUCCUAGCCCGGAUUCAGAACAUGGCCCUGGAGCUGGAAAGGGCUGCCAAAAGGCAGUCUGACUUAGGAGAUGUCAGCAGUGAAGAUGAGGAGGGGGACGAUGAAGACGGCAGCAGCGAUGAGUUCACAGACAGCAUAGAGGAGGACGAGAAAGUGACAUCUGCAAGUUUGCCUUCCGAUCAGGCUAAAAAGCACUGUGGGCAUGAAGUUGAACUGGAGCUAAAGGAAAUACAGUCACAACUGGAAAGGGAGGGAUUUAACUCAGUGACUGAGAUGAGGAACACACUGCAGAGGCUUCAGAAGGAGAAUCAGUUCCUAAAAGAACAUCGAGGAGUUGGGAUAAACCAGAGAAGUGAUGAUGAUGAUACUGAGGAGGAAGAGAACUACAUGGAGGACGAUGAAGAAGGAGUAACAUCUUCAGAGCCUGGCAAGCCCACACGAGGCAUUAGCGAGGCAGAGCAUUCAGCCCGUCUUUGCUCAGAGAACCGAGAGCUGCAGGAGAGGCUGAUGGUGUCCGAGGCAACUGUUCACGCUCAAGCCGAGCAGCUCAAAGACUACAGGGACCUGCUCACUGAGACAUCUGUGCAGCAAGCCAGUAAGCAGGUGCAAGUGGAUCUACAGGAUUUGGGCUAUGAGACUUGCGGACGCAGUGAAAAUGAAGCAGAGAGGGAGGAUGCGAGCAGCCCAGAGUUUGAUGACCUGGAGAUGUGCACGGCGUUGUCUCAUCAACAUGAGGAUAGCGUGGGUGGCGAUUGGUACAAGACCAGUGGAAGCAAACAUAACGAAGGCGCUAGCAACGAAAUUAGCGAUGAAUCGGCUUUGCGGCAUCUAGUCCAAGAUCUGCGCUCUCAGCUGACCCGCUGCCACAAAGUCAUCCGCGGGCUUCAGAUGCGCGUGCGCUCCCUGUCGGCCACGAGCGACUACGCCUCAAGCUUGGAACGGACGCCGCGCAAGGUAAACUGGGCCUUAGAGAUGUUGCCUGCCCAAGAGGGUGUUGAGGAAGAUGAAGGCUGGGUGUCUGAUACGCAAGCAACUUCGCCGGGGUCUAAACAGAGUAGCGAGCUCCAGGAGCUGAUUGCACGUGUUGCAACGUUGGAGGCGCAGUUGAAGGGCUCUAAACUGGAAGGGAAGAAUCAGACCGAGGAGGGAAAAUGUGCCACGUGGCCUGGGAAGUACAAUUCUCUCAUCCAGGCCCAAGCUCGUGAACUCUCGCACCUUAGACAGAGGAUGAGAGAAGGCGAAGGAGUGUCCCAUAUCCUCACGCAACAUCUUGGGGACACCACCAAGACCUUUGAAGAACUUCUACGGGCCAACGAUGUCGACUACUACAUGGGGCAGAGCUUUAGAGAGCAGCUUUCACAAAGCACAGCCCUGGCCCAGAGACUGCUCGCCAAGAUCAGCGGACGAGCAGAGAGUCCAGAUGACAAGACAGGCCAUGAGUUGCUCGCUCUGGAGUUGAGCAAGGAGCUUCAGCAGAAAGAUAAAAUCAUCGAGUCUCUGCACAACAAGCUGCAGCACCGCUCGGAGACGCCGUCCAGCUGCCAAGCCCUCUCGGAAACAACCGACCCGUCAGAUAGGACUUCCCUGGUGUCGGAUGAGUGUCAAACCAAUGAAGACCUGGAUCUGUGCUCCGAUUUAGACGCCAGAGAAUACCAGGAUGAAGAACAGUCAGAACAAGACGCCCACCCAUCUAUCCUUCCUUCUCGCGGACCCCUUCAAUCAUCCUUCAGCUGUCCUGGCAUGCUUUCCUCAACUUCUGUGGGUCUGAACAGUCUGUACGCUAAAGCCCCUCUCAGUAUUCCCCUUUCCUCAUCCUUUCCUUCCUCUCGUCACCCCGAUAUCCGAAGUACAGAGGUCACAUGUGACCUCCACCAUAGGGCGCUAUCCGUGAUGGCUGUUCGCCCAGAGCUGGACACGCUGUACACUCAAUUGAAUGAGCAGAUAAGGGGGUUCCCGGAUGCUCACGGCAAGCCUCUGUUCACUCUUUCGCCCGACGCCCACCUCCAGGGUGAUCCUUCCGGCUACAACCAGCUACCCCAUCAUGCAUUUCAACAGUACCAGCUGGGCGGCAUUCCCGAUGGUCAGUCACUCAAGUCAGAGUCUGGUCUGCUGACGGGAGGAGGAACAUUUUGGGACAAUGUGACUCAACCAAUGGGGAACUAUUCUGGAGUCCCUGGAUAUCUCAUAGGAAACAACCAGACAGGGGCGAAUUUAAUUGAAGAGCACUUACGGGAGGUGCGAUUCCUCCGCCAGCGUCUGGAAGAGUCCAUUCAGACCAACGAGAGGCUGCGACAGCAGCUGGAGGGGAAACUGGCAAACCCUGGACGUGAUGGAGGAGCUCCAACCAACAUUUACAUUCAGGGGCUGGACACAGUCACACAUCUGUCCAAUGAAAUCCGAGUCCUGACCGAUGAAAACUUGAAUCUGCAGUCCCGUCUGCAGGCGAGCACAGACUCAUGCGAGGAGCUGACCGCGGCGCGUGCCUGCCUCAAACAGGCCGAGCUGGAGGCCGAGCAGUGGAAGGAGGAGUUGAGACGAUUGCAAACGCACAGUGAAGAGCAGGGACAGCAGAUCCACGCCAUGAGGCAGGAACGGCAGGGCAAUCAGGACAAGAUCAACAGAGUGCAGCACGAGGUGUCACUCCUGCAGCAGCAGCUGUGUGAGAGCAGGGAGCUCGUCCACUCGUUGCAGACCGAACUGCAUGUGUACGAUCGCGUGUGCUCCAGUUUCAAAUCCACCAAAGGCUUUCAACGCGAGGCCCCGGGCCUUCCUCUCGAGUUGGGCGAGUUACUGAGCGAAGUGAGGAGUCUGCGAGCCCAGCUUCAGACCAGCGUCCAGGAGAACAGCGCCCUCAAGCAAUUGGAGCUCCACAAACAGCUCGAGCAGAAACUGGGCGGCGGCUCUCCUCGCACGCCGUCCCUGUCGGCCUUCGGCGCCAGCCCUCAGAGAGAAAACUUCUACAGGCGACAGCUGCUGCACGACCCGGCCCCGUCUCCGCCCGUCAGGGACAUUGGUCUCUUUAACUGUGGAUCUCCCUAUCCCCCUUACUCGGACUCGGAUGACACUGCCAACGACACUCUAGACCCUCACUCCGAGCUGGAAGGCGAAGCCCCCGACGGCUCGUUUGCCAACCGUUACGGCCGCCACGCCGUCGGUCACGUGGAUGACUUUAACGCACUGCAACAACAAAUCCUGGAAGGUCACGGCCUCGUGCAGCAAAUGGAGGCGACGCUGCUCGCGGGUACCCAGAAACAAAACAGUGAGCUGUUCUUGGAUUAUGAUAGCGCCAAGAGUCUCCUGUCCAACACCAAGACUGUGCGGCAGAUUUUGGAGGAGGCGGCAUCUCUUCUGAAGAUGUUUUGGAGGGCGGCGCUGCCCAGCACUGACACAUCCAUCCCCAACAUGAAGAAGGAGCAGUCUAUGCAGGAGGAGAUCUUGUCCCUCAAGCUACGUGUGUCUGAGCAGGAGGAAGUUCUGAAGGGAACCAUUCAAAGACUGAGAAGCACCAGCCGAACUAAGGAGAGCAUGGAGCAUUUCAUUGUCAACCAGCUGUCAAGGACUCGGGAUGUUUUGAAAAAAGCAAGGACAAACUUGGAGAAGAACGAGCAGAGACUUUCCUCUCUUAGCUCCGCCUCUUCCUCCCCCUCUGCCGCUGAGAAACCAGGAGGCAGUGCCAGAGAGCAGCCCGCUAAUGUCGCUCGCCUGAGGACCGACGUCGCCAGGAAGCGCACCAGCCACUGCUUGCUUUAAACCAGCCUCAAUGCUACCACCUGUGACCUCCUUCUCAAUUCACUGCCAUUGACACCGAUGGACGUCUAUUUGAACAGGAUUUUAAAUGGAUUAACGUCAAUCAAUGGCAGUGAAUGAGUUUAUUAAAACAAAAAAUAGCCAGGACCUCCGCUUAACCUCCUAUUUUAAACUAGGCCUUAGAAAAUGCACAUUUUAGCACCCCAAAAACUGCAGUUUCUAAGAUUCUUUGAGUGCAACUGUCACAGCGCGUGUGAACGAAGGUGUGUGAAAUGUGGUUUCAGUGACAAGGUGGAUGAAGCGGCUCUUCUGAGAGCCUGUGGAGGGAAAAGGUUGUUUUGUGCAUGUUAAAAUUGAGGUUUGCGAGCGGAGCUCUGCACACACGCACGCUACAGUACGAAAGGUUUGGGCUCACUUUGAAAUUUAUUGGUAAUGUAACAGUCACUGAAGGUGAGGACUAUUCAACAAAUAUUACAGGAACCUAAAAUGCACUGUAACCUGAACAGUUCAACCUCAUUUUGACCUUCUCGAAACUUUUAAUUGUACAUUGUUACAUUUUUUUGACUUUUGUGAUCUUAAGUGCUGUAAAAUUUGCAAGAAAUAAGGUUUUUAUUCCACUGCCAAUUUUUGUUAACUGUCAAACUGAAUUCCAAAUUUCAUUUGGCCAUGUGACCUCUGGUGGUGACCUUUGGGAACCUCAUCACCCCUUAAUUUAAUCAACUUUUGAGUUUUAUAUUACAAACAUCCCACAAGUUUCAAAAAUAAUCCUUUUGUUCGUUCAUGAGUUAUCUUGAACUCCAAACACAGUAUUUGCAAGACUAUAACCAAACCUCUGUGACCUUUGACCUCAUCACCCCAAAUUGAAUCACCUCUUCAGUUUUAUAUUACAAACAUCGUGCAAGUUUGAAAAAUAACCUCUUUAUUAAUUCAUGAGUUAUUUUGAACUACAAGCAAACACGAAACUUAAAAGACUACAAACAAAACUCAAUGACCUUUGACCUUAUUAUCCCAAUAUUGAAUCACCUCCAGUUUAUUACAAACAUCCUGCAAGUUUGAAAAACAAUAUCUUUAUUCAUUCGUGAGUUUUUUUGAACUACAAACACCACACCAGACUACAAACAAAUCUCAAACAGGACAUAACAAGACUAUAAACAAACCUCAGUGACCUUUGACCUCAUAACCCUAAAUCUACCGCUUCAGUUUCAUAUUACAAACAUCCUGCAAAUUUGAAUCUCAUUAUUCAUUCAUGAGUUAUCUUGAAUUAAACACGACACAAGACUAUAAACAAACCUCAGUGACCCUUGACCCCAUCACCUCAAAAUUUAAUUACCUCUUCAUUUUCAUAUUAUAAACAUCAGUCAAAUUUGAAAAAUAAUCCCUAUAUUCAUCUAUGAGUUAUCCUGAACUACAAACGCAAUACUUACAAAACUACAAACCUCAGUGACCUUUGACCUCAUCACCCCCAAAUUGAAUCAUCUCUUCAGUUUCAUAUUACAAACAUUCUGCAAGUUUGAAAAAUAAUACCCAUAUUCAUUCAUGAGUCCCAUCACCUCAAAAUUUAAUUACCUCUUCAUUUUCAUAUUAUAAACAUCAGUCAAAUUUGAAAAAUAAUCCCUAUAUUCAUCUAUGAGUUAUCCUGAACUACAAAGGCAGUACUUACAAGACUACAAACUUCUGUGAACUUUGACUCCAUCACCCCAAAUUGAAUCACCUCUUACAGUUUCAUAUUACAAGUCUCCUGCAAGAUGGAAAAAUUAUCCCUUUAGUCAUUCAUGCAUGAGUUAUCUUGACCUACAAACACAACACAAGACUCCAAACAAACCUCAAUGACCUAUGACCUCUUCACCCAAAGAUUCAAUCAUCUCUUUAGUUUCAUAUCCAAACAUCCUGCAAAUUUGAAAAAUAAUCCCUAUAUUCAUUCACAAGUUAUCGUGAACUACAAACACAGUACUUCCAAUACUACAAACAUAUGUGACCUUUGACCCCAUCAACCCCAAAUUGAAUCACCUCUUACAGUUUCAUAUUACAAGUAUCCUGCAAGAUGGAAAAAUUAUCCCUUUAGUCAUUCAUGCAUGAGUUAUCUUGACCUACAAACACAACACAAGACUCCAAACAAACCUCAAUGACCUAUGACCUCUUCACCCAAAGAUUGAAUCAUCUCUUUAGUUUCAUAUCCAAACAUCCUGCAAAUUUAAAAAUAAUCCCUAUAUUCAUUCACAAGUUAUCCUGAACUACAAACACAGUACUUCCAAUACUACAAACCUAUGUGACCUUUGACCCCAUCAACCCCAAAUUGAAUCACCUCUUACAGUUUCAUAUUACAAGUAUCCUGAAAGAUAGAAAAAUUAUCCCUUUAUUAAUUCAUGCAUGAGUUAUCUUGACCUACAAACACAACACAAGACUACAAACAAACCUCAAUGACCUUUGACCUAAUCACCCAAAGAUGGAAUCAUCUCUUUAGUUUCAUAUACAAACAUUCUGCAAGUUUGAAAAAUAAUCCCUACAUUCAUUCACGAGUUAUCGUGAACUACAAACACAGUACUUCCAAUACUACAAACCUCUGUGACCUUUGACCCCAUCUCCCCCAAAUUGAACCACCUCUUCAAUUUCAUACUACAAACAUUCUGCAAGUUUGACAAUAAUCCAUUUCUUGGUUCUUGUGUCAUUUUGAGCACAAACAUACAUGUCGGCGAUAAUUAUGCCAUAUUUACAAACUCAAAUGUUAUUUUUAUAGUACAGAUUACUCACUAGAAGUGUAACAAUACAUCGAUCUAGAUCCGUAGGUCGAUUGGUUAAUCCAUGAACAAAUUAAUCGAUAUGCAAAACAUCUUUUGUUUAAAAACAAUCACUUUCAUUCAAAUGUCUGGAAUGUUUUCGCCCCAAAAAAUUGUCUAAAUUGCUUAGUAGUCUUGACUUGACUUUAAACAUGGCAGGGUUUUUUAUAUCGGAAAAUAUUGUAUCAUCAUCAAAUUGGUGGUAUACAAAUCUACAACUCCCCGGCAUAUAUUCUUUAUCCUCCAGGAAGAACGACUAUAUCAGAAAGACAACGUCUUUUAUCAUUAUGUAUGUUUUGUACUGCCCCCUGGUGGCCAAGGCCUAAACACCAUAAAGUGCAGCACAAAGUUCACCAAAACGAGGAAAAAAAUACAUUGUUUUUAAAUGUCAAUGCUGUAUACUUUUUGAAGUAUUACAAAGUGCAAUUUUUCUUCAAAAAAUUUUUUGGGGUGUGUGUUUUGUGGCAAAGCUGAACAGAUGACCUUAUCCAAUGCCUGUGACGGUCCCUCUUAGUUCAAAUGAAAAUUAAUCAUUCAACACAAUGAAUGAAAUUGUCUUGGUGAGCCCAAACUUUCGAGCGGUAGUGUUCUUGUGUAGCAUGUAGUCAAUGGAAAGUUCACUCAAAGAAAAUAAUCUCAACUCACUGACAUCCGCAAUGUAUUAAUCAUAUAGAGCGGGGGUCGGCAACCUGCGGCUCUCUCAAUCCUUUGAUACAACGAGAUUUAACGAAGGAGUUUGACAGCAUGUCAAAUGAGUGACACAAGAAGCAGGCUACACUACAUAUAGAAUGUCACACAUGGUGAACAUGUGACAGAAACUAUUACGCAUUUUUGUUUCGUUCUUGUCUCAUCAGGCAUAAACUGGCAUUCGUCUCUGUUUUCCGAAAUUUCCGGGGGUCGCAGGAGUCCGCAACGGGUACACUUUUGCGAAAUAUACGAUGUUUAUUGAUUAGACAUUGGAAAUAAAUGAAGUUCAUUGAUUACAAUCCCACAAGAGCAAGCAAACACACAUAAAAAACAAGAACAAGUGGUAACGAUGACGUUAGAUCUAGUUUGUCAAUCCCAGAAUCUCCGCGUUACUGUUACAGCAUAACAAACUGUUCUUUAACAAUGAAAAUCACUUACCAUGACAAAUGAGCGGGGAGCCAACGCUCCGGGAAAGGAACAAAGCCAAGCGACCCGUACGUAAUCCUCUGGCAGACUUCGGGGGGGUUGGGGAAUCUCCCGACUCUUAUAGGCACGUCUGACGCGGGUGGCCACUCCUCGCCCCCACGAAAACGCACCACCCGAACUCGUGAGACCCCCACCCCCCAAGAGUAUGAUAUUCCCCCCCAGUUGAGGCUCCCAGCGGUUAAAGUAGAAUGUUUAUUUAAGUUAUCUCGUGAGAUUCCCUCCUAACUAUGGAACCCAGGCGCGUAAAAAAACAAUACUAUGGUGCAAAACAAGUUAUCUCAUGAGAUUCCCUCCUAAAUAUGGAACAGGCGUAGUAAACAAGGAGAAGUUGUUACAAUCUAGGUCACAGAGGUAAUCAUACAUCACAAAGGCAUAAUGUGCUAAUGUUAAGGCAUCACAUAAUAUUUUACCCCAUCAUUCUGCCCUUUGACUCGGAUUGAAUUUAUCAUAAGGCAUAAUGUGCUAAUUCACUUCGGGUCACAUAAUAUUUUCCCCAUCAGUCUCGUUAUGUUUUAGUCUCCCAAAACACAUUUUUAGCUCGUUAUCGUCUCGUUGCUACACAUCACUCACAUGUAACUCCGUAAAUUUAAUUACAAAUGCAUACACAAACAUAUAUUAGCUGAAACAACUUACAGCUUUAUGUGGGCCAAACCAGAGCGCCGCUAUCCUUUAUCCAUGUCAGACAUCGGAGUAUGCUUCUCAGUCAUAAAAGGUGACAGUCCAGCCAGACCCAACGCUGCCACCAGAGGGCAGUGUAUCCUUCAUCAUUAAACAAAAUACAAUACUUUUACUUUUUGGAUAGUUAUUUUGUAGGGUUACUUAAAGGGUUAAUUCCAAUUUACGCGGAAAUUCGCUUUACGUCGCCAGCUUAGGAACGGAACUCGCUCAUAACCCGGGGACUACCUUUAUAUGUAAAUAUAUUUAGUGCAUAUUUCCCAUUUUUGUUCAUUUUACGGAAACUAGGUCGAAACAGUGUUUAAGGUUGCCGACCCCUGAUAAAGAGGAAUGUCCAUUUUCACGGAUUAUUACAUUUUCCGCAUCCAUCGACACCAGCAAACGUCUCUGUUUUGUCACCAGCCUCUUUAAGGUCCUUCAUUUGGCCAAAUAGCAUUUCUAACACGCACGUAUGCUGAGGUUGAAGUGCGGCGAGCAUGUGCAAUAACGCUUGAAUGAACACACUGGAGUGCCGCAUGAUCAUGAUUGUUAAAAAAACGGAAACAAUCACGUCACAGGAUUGCCAUGACUUGCCAAAGUUUGAACUUUAACUUGCCUUAACCAUGUGAAUGAGGAUUUUGCCUAUCGGAAGGGCUUUUAGAACCACACGGAGCUGCUUUGGUUUGUUCUAAAUCGUGCAGUUCAUUUCAGUUUUGGACCAAAACGAUAUUAAAAGAAAAGCGGAUUUUCUGAUUUUUCUCUAAAAGGCCUCAAGCCAUUCAUUUUGUGUUUCUAUUUCAUUAGCAUUCUCAUGGCUCACGGUCAUGUUAUAGACGACGCAAACUUUGGCAGGCUAUCGGCGGGAUCAUUUUUUUCUUUUGCUUGUAUAUGUGCCAUCCGUGCUGUAAAUAACCUGCUUUUUUUAAUGUGAGAGUGAGCUUGAACACAAACGUUUGUGCAAAUUUUGACCUCUGUGAAGUUGGCACCCUGUCAGACGCACAUUUAUAGAAAAAUGAUGUCAAUCGUUUCAGCUGCUAUCUUUUUGAGAUAUUAACGAUUCUUUUAUACGUCAAUCUGAAGUCAACCAGCCCCCCCAUUUUGAUUAAAAAUGGUGUCAACCGUUUGUGCUACAUUUGUACUUUAAAAUUGUUGUUUGUGCUAUCGUUUUUGAGAUACAGAUAUUGGAGUGGUGAUGUCACAAAGCGCCUCAUUUAUUGCAAAAUGGAGCAUUAAUGGUGCCAUUUGUUUGUGCUGCUAUUGUUAUAUAGAUAUUGAGAUAUUGGAGUGAUGAUGUCAGCUUUUCCGUAUCCAACUCCUAUGGCUGACGGAGCGUACCAACUCUCUCAAUAACAAAGGGGUGUCCCAACAAAUAGCACAAACAAAUGGCACCCCUUCAGGUGAGAAGCUCGGUCAUUCGGGAGGGGACUCGGUGUGAAGCCGCUACUCCUACGUGUUGGGAUGAGCCAGCUAAGGUGGCUCGGGCAUCUGUUUCGGAUGCCUCCCUGGAGAGGUGUUCCGGGGAUGUUGGCGGGAGGCCCCGGGGACGACCCAUGAGAUGCUGGAGAGACUAUGUCUCUCGACUGGCCUGGGAAUGCCUUGGAAUCCUGCCAGAGGAGCUGGUUGAAGUGGCUGGGGAAAGGGAUGUUUGGGCCUUCCUGCUAAAGCUGCCUCUCCCAUGAUCUGACCAUGGAUGGCUGGAUGGAUGGAAAAACGCUGGAUGGAUGGAUGUUUAAUGGAAGCAUGGUUGAAUGAAAAAACGCUGAAUGAUGGAUGGAUGGAUUGGGUUGGGUUGAUGGAUGGAUGGAUGUUUAAUGGAAAAAUUGUUGAAUGGAAAGACGGGUGGAUGGAUGGAAGCGUGGUUAGUUUGAAAAAGGAUGGAUGGCUAGCUGGCUGGCUGGAAGGAUGAAAGCAUGGUUGAAUGGAAAAAUGGAUGGAUGGAUGGAUGGAUGGAUGGAUGGAUGGAUGGAUGAUAGGGUGGGGUUGGAUUGAUGGAUGUUUAAUAGAAAAUUGUUAAAUGCAAAGAUGAUGGAUGGAUGGAAGCAAGGUUGAAUGGAAAAACGAUGGAUGGAUGGAUGGAUGGAUGUUUAAUGGGAGAAUUGUUGAAUGGAAAGACGAUGGAUGGAUGGUUGAAUGGAAAAACACUGGAUGGAUGGAUGGAAGCAUGGUUGAAUGGAAAAACGGAUGGAUGGAAGCAUGGUUAAUUUGAAAAAUGGAUGAUGGAUGGAUGGAUGGAUGGAUGAAAGCAUGGUUGAAUAGAAAAAUGGAUGGGUGGAUGAUAGGGUGGGGUUGGAUUGAUGGAUGGAUGUUUAAUAGAAAAUUGUUAAAUGCAAAGAUGAUGGGUGGAUGGAUGGAAGCAAGGUUGAAUGGAAAAAUGAUGGAUGGAUGGAUGGAUGGAUGGAUGGAUGGAUGGAUGGAUGGAUGGAUGGAUGGAUGGAUGGAUGUAUAAUGGGAGAAUUGUUGAAUGGAAAGACGGGAUGGAUGGAUGUUUAAUAGAAAAUUGGUAAAUGCAAAGAUGGAUGGAUGGAUGGAUGAUGUUUAAUGGGAGAAUUGUUGAAUGGAAAGACUGGAUGGAUGGAUGGAUGGAUGGAUGGAUGGAUGGAUGGAUGGAUGGAUGGAUGGAUGGAUGGAUGGAUGGAUGGAUGGAUGGAUGGAUGGAAAGACUGGAUGGAUGGAUGGAUGGAUGGAUGGAUGGAUGGAAAAACGCUGGAUGGAUGGAUGGAUGGAUGGAAGCAUGGUUGAAUGGAAAAAUGAAUGGAUGGAUUGGGUGGGGUUGCAUUGAUGAUGGAUAAUGAAAUAAUUGUUUAAUGGAUGGAAGCAUGGUUAAUUGGAAAAACAAUGGUUGAAUGGGAAAAAUGAUGGAUGGAUUGAUUGGGUGGGGUUGGAUUGAUGAUGGAUUUUUAAUGGAAGACGGAUGAUGGAAGCAUGGUUAAUUGGAAAAACAGGAUGGAUGGAUGGAUGGUUAAUUGGAAAAACAGGAUGGAUGGAUGGUUGAAUGGAUGGUUGAAUGGAAAAAUGAUGGAUGGAUGAAAAAUGGGGUUAGGGUGGGUGGAUGGAUAGAUGUAUGUUUAAUGAAAGCAUGGUUAGAUGGCAAAACGAUGAAUGGGGGCUUGAGAUAUUCCUUCAAUCCAAUCCUUCAUUCACUGCAAAAUGGAAAUGAAGGGGUGCCACUCGUUUGUGCUACAUUUGCACUAGUUGUUGGGACACCCCUCUGUUAUUGACAGAGUUGGUACACUCCGUCAACUGUGACGGAGGGGCUGUGAUUGACGUCAUCGCUCUAAAUGAAUACUGCAAUAUCUAUAAAACAAUAUCAGCACAAACGAAUGGCACAAUUUCAGGUCCAUUUUGCAAUAAAUGGGGUUGCGUGACAUCACUCGAAUAUCUUAAGAUCUCAAAAACAAUAGCGGCCCAUUUUCAAUGAUUUUUAAUCAAAAUAUGGGGCUGGUUGACCUCAGGUUGACAUAUAAAAGAAUUGUAAAUAUCUUAAAAAUGAUAGCAGCACAAAUGAUUGACAUUUUUAUAUAAAUUUGAUUCUAAUGGGGUGGGGGCAACUUCACUGAGGUCAAAUUUUGGGGUAGCUGUGCAAUAUCCGGGGAAUCGAUGUUAAACAUCAUUGUAUUUCAAGUGUUAUGCAUUAUUUAUACGCAGUUUUGUGUGUGAGAAAUCACUUUGCUUUUAUGAUGCUACUGAAUGCAAUAUUGUACACUCAAUGUUCAAAAAUUCGGACCUCCAUUUAAAAGAUUUUUGGGGGAAAUUGGGAGUACCAGGGAGGCGGGGGGGAAAAAAGCCUUCUGUUGUUCAAGAAGGGCUCCAAAGCAACGUGAACAAUCUUGUUGAGGUGCAGAUAUACUGUAAAUAAUGUAGUUGCUACUGAAACGGUGCUGCUUUUGAUGUUGCUGAACAGAAGCUUACGAGUUUUGCAAGCAAACAUAGGAUUCUGAUGACACUUGUUUGUUGUGUUGCCAAAAAUUAUGUAUCCAUAUUUUCUGGGAAAUGAAACAAUAAAAUGUUGAGGGCAAAAAAAAAAAAAAAAUGUGU